AUUUACAUCCUUUUUUACAACAGCCCCUGAUGUCUUCUUACGUCUACAGAGAGCGUGAUCGUGAAGACGACUGGGACGAGCGUCGUUCUGGCGUCUCUGUUAAGCGCUACGUCAUACCCCCAGAAGAUCGAGAACGAGACCGCGAUCGAGACUUGUUCUUCCGUGAGGAUUCAGGCCCUGGCGAGCGAGAAUUGGUCAUUCGUCGCACAACAGAGCGCGAGGAGCCCGUCAUGGUUCAACGUUACGAGCGUGAUACAGAUUAUGACCGAGAUUAUUACGAACCUCGAGGUCCUGUUUACAUCAAUCCGCGCGAAUCUGACUAUGACAUCGUUCACCGGUCCGAGGUGGAUCGAGAACCGGCCUACUACUAUCAUCGCCGUGUUCGAGAAUACGACAACGAUAAUCGCCGCUUUCGACGCGAACUGAGCCCUAGCGAUUCUGUCUCGCAGGCCACCAGACGGCGCGACGACGAUUACAGCAGCGACGACAGCAUGGUCUACAUUCGAAAAGAGACCAAGGAGUAUGACGACCAUCAUAACCGACAUCUGGCCUCAGGCGCUCUGGUCGGUGUAGGCGCCGCCGAGCUGCUCCGAAGUCGUCGAAAGAAGGAUGGAGAAGAAGUCUCAGGUGGCCUCGGUCGUAUUGGCCGCGAUGUCGGUGCGGGCGCUUUGGGCGCCGUCGCUGUAGAAGCCGCAUCGCGGGCAAAGGACUACUACCGCAGCAAGAGCCGCCACCGCUCUCACUCGUUUGAUGAUGAUAGAAGCUCCCGUUAUAGCCAUCAUCGUCACUACAGCCACAGCCAUUCUCGCCACGGGCGCAGCCGCAGUCGAUCUCAUUCGCGCUCUCGUGCUAGAACAUUUGCAGAGAUUGGCUUGGGAGUCGCUGCUAUUGCUGGCGCUGUAGCUUUGGCUCGCAAGAAGUCCGACAGCGGCCGACGCAGUGCCGCUCCGUUCCCGUCAUUUUCGAUCCCAUUCCGUCAAGGAUGCCGGAGAUGA